UCGGGUGGGCGUGUAACAGCAGUUUCGACGUUGUAACAUUCAACCGCACCAUUUCCAUCCCAGCAACAAUACCCUUCCAGAUGCUCCUCCGCACCCGACAGACAGGUGCGUCACACAGUGUGGCUGGGGAGGCAAAGCGUACACGUCCCACGCAGCAAAUCAGGUUGGAUCGCUUGAGAUUAAACGCGGCGCUUGGACCACACCUGCCAUACCGCGCGCAAGGAAAUUGCCCGGCCGUUAAAGCGACACUGCUGCACUCACAGGGAGCGAAGCGUCUUCGGACGGUCUCCAUGCCAUUCACUACAACCUCUACUUCUUAACUAGCCAAAGCUUGCCACGGCCUUGGGAACGCUCGCUACAAAGCCGCUCACUCCACCUCGCGACCAGCGUAUAGGCUGAGCCUCUCCAUCAAGCGUAUCGGGCAGCAUAGCUGGUCUACCGCAACGAUGCCGGCAACGCAGUAUGGACAGUUCUACCACUUCUGCCAGAACGCUGGCAGCCAAUUCGCGACGAUACCGGUCUGCAACCUAUUUUACGAAGCACCGGCAAGAGGAGGCGCUGCGCCGUACUACGGCGGUUGCAGUCUACAAGGCAUAUCGCUGAACGGUGGACGGCAUUUGGCCAACCUGGGGUCUAUCUUGAUUGCGUUCUUUGCCAUCCUCACAUCACUCUACCUUUUAUUCAGAUCGGAACGGAAGAAGGCUGCGGUGGGAAGAAGAGAAAUGCAAUUCUUCCUGAUCGGCUACAUAAUCAUCGAGAUAUGCGAGAUCUUCACUGUCGGCGGCUUCCCACUCAACGGCGCGGUGCGGCGAGCGUUCUCGGCGGUGCAUAUUGCUGCAGUUGUCGCAACGACAUGGAUCCUCAUGAUGAACGGCGCCGUGGGCUACCAAGUGAUUGACGACGGCACAAUAACAUCAAUCGCUCUUGUGUUCGGCUCGGCAGCAACACUGUUCAUCGGUACCGGUUACAUUGCACUCGAUACUGGCUUUAGCUGGACGCACUACUUCGAUUCAACUCUGGCGCAACCGAACCAAAGCUACUCGUUGUAUACACUCUAUCAGCUCGUUCCGCUGGUAUUUCUCGUCAUCUUCUUCAUCCUGGAAGCGGUACUGGUCCUGCGUGUUCUCGGCGAAGUACGACCGAUGAUGUGGCUUACCAGUGCCGCGGUUCUGUUCGCUGUCGGCCAGGUCUUCCAGUACGUCAUCAGCCCGUACAUAUGCAGAGGCACGCGAAGCGCCAUCAAUGGCGGGCUUUUCGAAACUCUGUUCACUCUUCUUGCCGUGGUCGCUGUAUGGUUCUUCUGGUCAAGUAUAACUGAAGACGACUGGCCAGAGCAUCCUGGUGGAGGGAGUACUUAUACAUAAUCAAGCGCCUUGUGCUGGUGCCAUGAGCCACGAACUUGUUCUUUAGUGUAGCGAGGAGUUGUAUCGGGCAGCGCAGAAGAUACCCUUAACUUUUGGCAAGAUGCUCAAUUUAUUCUCCCACAAAUU